CCCCCUCACAGUUACGUUGUCCAUGUCCCUCCGAUCUUCCCUCAAACCCCAAAACUAAUCUCGACCGUCCGUUCAAAAUUACCCCCCAAUAAAAACGCGGGAAAUAGGAAAUAUCUUUGCAGUCCCAGACCCCCAGUGUCCCUUCCCUGUUAUAGAGAGAGAAAGAGAGGAGAGAGAAAGAGCGAGAGUGAAGGAGAGAGAGAGAGGGUUUGUUCUUGCUUGUCGGAGAAGAAACGCGAGAAAGCUCUGCUGAGAUACUGCCAUGGCGCCGAGGAAAAGGAAAGCGGACCAAGCGGAGGCCGUAGCCGCACCGGCUAGGGUGACUCGGAGCUCGACUCGGCGAGCUGCUGAGUCGAACUCGGCUAACUCAGUUCGCGAGUCGCCUAAGCCCGAGAAGAGAGGAAAGAAGAAGGCGGACGGAGCCGAGAAGAAGGAGAAGAAGCUAAAAGUGGAGUCCGAGGAAAACGCAGCGGCUAAAAAUGGGGUAAAGGAGGAAGCUUUGGGGGUUGUCGAUGGCGAGACGAAGAAGAAUGUGGUUGUCGAUGGGGAGAAGAAGAAGACUGUUGUCAUUGAACACUGCAAACAGUGCAAUUCCUUCAAGACCAGGGCUUUGCAGGUGAAAGAGGGUUUGGAAAAGGAUGUUCCUGGCAUCACCGUUGAGGUCAAUCCUGACAAGCCAAGGAGGGGCUGCUUUGAGAUCCGGGAGAAAGGUGGGGAGACUUUCAUCAGUCUUUUGGAAUUGAAGCGACCAUUCAAGCCGAUGAAGGAUCUGGACAUGAAUCAAGUCAUUGAUGAUAUCAUUGGCAAGAUUAAUUGAUGGGCACUUGCAACUUGCGGUGCAGUGUUAGGAUUAUCACAUAAAUCUUUUUGUGGCAUUGGGCUGAUAUUGAGUUUAAUCCGGUUGCCUCGACAUUAAAAUCUUCACCAUAGAUUUCUCUGAUCUAGUUUUUGACAUUUCUCUGUUUCUAAUUUCAAGGCAUGUAAAGCAGUAGACAUGCAUUUAACGCAGGCAUGUAUGAUGAAUCGAUGCAUACAAGUGAAUUUUGGUGGUGAUGGUUGUAGCAAAUCAAGUCCUUUUGUAUUGCUCCUUGAAGCAAACUCGGUGAAGUCCAAUUGCAGGAUAAUUCAAACUUCAAAGCUGUGGAUUAUUGACA